AUGGGACACACAAGUCUUAUCAUUAUAUUCACAUCCCGCAUUAUCCUACCCCUUGCGGGCGCCUUCCCAUUGCAGCGACAUUCGGAAACGAGGCUUAUCGCACGGAAAUGCAGCAGAGGGAUCAGAGAUAACAGCCCGUUGGAGUCAUUGAUGCGGGGUUGCCAAGCGGAGAAAAGCAACGUGGAAGAAGCCGUCUGGCAAGGCGCAAGGAGCGAUUCCGGCAUUUGUCAAAUGGUGAUAAUACCGAUGAGACCCUGGGGUACAAGCAGACGGAAGGCCUUCAUAUGCAAGUUGCAGCAUCUCAGACAGAUAAAGAAAGUGCACGGACUGUUGGUCUUACUCGAUAAAGAAAGUGCUGCCGAUACAUUGCUCGGAGGCCCGCAUGACCAUCCGACAUGCAGAUGCAUGCAUAUAGGUGCAUUAUGGGUUAUCGCUCAUCAGUUCGCUGCGGCAUUCUUCAGCUUUGAAAAGAUGCGUGACAGGGCUAUCAAGUUGGUCUGCAGUGGUGUCAGCACAGCUAAACAACAUGGCUGUUGA